CAUUCUGCAGAGAAAGGCAGAGAGAAGGAGGUCAGGGUGGGAGUGGAUACGCCUAGAAGUAGUUUUCACCGGCCAGCUGGCUGUUUGCAAGAUCUCAGACAGCAGCAGUUCAUGCUGUAUGCUGAGGGAACCUCUUUCUGCCAUCGGAGAAAAAUGGCUUCUGUUUAAAAGAUUUCUGAUGAUUUUGACAGCAUUUGAGAUUCAGCCCGUUAGCUGCUCCAACCCUGUGCUGACGACUUUGAACCUGCCUCGCUUGCAUACCUUGCAGAGGAAAUGCUCUGCUGCGUGCUGUGUACAAGCAUCGUGUUUUUUGGCGAUCGUGCAGAAAGCUGGAUACUGCAGUGAGUUGAAGAUAUAAAGGGAAUGCUCAGAACACAACAGAAGCACGCGCAAUCCUGGAUAGGUACUCUCUGACGGAGGCCAAACUCUGAGGUGGAGGAGGCUGUAAAGAGGCCCUGAAGGAGCCUCCCACCCUUCUCUACCCGACCAGCCGGACACAUUGGACAGCCAUGGCUCCUCGGAAACGUGGUGGCGGCGGUGGCCGCGGUGGCCUCUCCUUCGUCUUCUGCUGUUUUAACAGCAGUGAUCACCCAGAGAUCACCUACAGGCUUCGGGAGGACUUUGCCCUGCAGGCCAUGGAGCCGGCACUGCCGAUACCAGGAUACGAUGAGCUGGAUGGCAUGUUCUCCGAGUUGGUGGAUGAGCUUGACCUCACAGAGAAACACAGGGAAGCCAUGUUCGCCCUGCCUGCAGAGAAGAAAUGGCAAAUCUACUGCAGCAAAAAGAAGGAACAAGAAGAAAACAAAAGUGCUACUAGUUGGCCAGAAUACUACAUCGAUCAGCUCAAUUCAAUGGCAGCUAGAAAGACGCUCCUCGCUCUGGAGAAAGAAGAUGAGGAAGAGAGGAAUAAAACCAUAGAGAGCCUGAAGACUGCUCUGAGGACCCAACCUAUGAGGUUUGUGACUCGCUUCAUUGAUCUGGAUGGCCUUACGUGUAUCCUGAACUUCCUGAAAAGCAUGGACUAUGAGACCACAGAGUCACAGAUCCACACAUCACUGAUCGGCUGCAUCAAAGCUCUGAUGAACAAUUCGCAGGGCCGCGCCCAUGUCCUCUCUCACUCCGAGAGCAUCAACAUCAUUGCUCAGAGCUUGGCCACGGAGAACAUCAAGACCAAGGUUGCAGUGCUGGAGAUCAUGGGUGCUGUCUGUCUGGUGCCUGGUGGACACAAAAAAAUCCUGGAGGCCAUGCUGCACUACCAGCGCUUUGCCUGUGAGAGGACACGCUUUCAGACACUUAUAAACGAUCUGGACCGGAGCACAGGACGAUACAGAGAUGAGGUCAACCUGAAAACAGCCAUCAUGUCCUUUAUUAAUGCUGUGCUGAGUCAAGGCGCUGGAGAGGCAAGUUUGGAAUUUCGUAUCCACCUACGAUACGAGUUUCUUAUGCUGGGGAUCCAACCUGUGAUCGAUAAGCUGCGUUCUCAUGAAAAUUCCACAUUAGACAGGCAUUUAGACUAUUUUGAAAUGCUGCGGAAUGAGGAUGAACUGGCUUUGUCAAAACGUUUUGAGUCGGUACAUAUAGACACCAAAAGUGCCACCCAAGUUUUUGAUCUCAUCCGCAAGAAGAUGAACCACACUGAUGCAUACCCGCACUUUAUGUCUGUCCUGCAUCACUGUCUCCUCAUGCCACACAAGAGGAGUGGUAACACAGUGCAGUACUGGCUGCUAUUGGAUCGUAUCGUCCAGCAGAUGGUCUUGCAGAAUGAUAAAGGUCACGACCCCGACGUCACACCACUGGAGAAUUUUAAUGUGAAGAAUGUUGUCCGGAUGCUCGUCAAUGAAAAUGAGGUCAAACAGUGGAAAGAGCAGGCAGAGAAAAUGAGAAAAGAACACCACGAGUUGCAGCAGAAAUUUGAUAAGAAGGAGCGGGAAUGUGAUGCAAAGACCCAGGAGAAAGAGGACAUGAUGCAGACACUCAACAAAAUGAAAGAGAAGCUGGAGAAGGAGAGCACCGAGCACAAGAAUGUCAAACAGCAAGUGGCCGAACUCACAGCCCGACUGCACGAACUCAGUACUUUUAAAAGAUACAGGUGGCAAUAUUCUACAUGUUUUCUGUUGUCAAAAAAUCCCAUGAAAAGACCAAAACCAAAAAUGAUCAGUUCUCUUAUUCCUCCUCCACCGAUGUCAGGCUUUGGACCACCUCCCCCACCACCUCCUGGCAGUAUGAUGCCUCCUCCACCUCCCCCGCCCCCUCCUCCAGGUGGCCCCCCACCUCCUCCCGGACGGCCACCCAUCGGAGGCAUCCCUCCUCCGCCAGGAGCACCCCUGGGCUCAUCUCUUAAGAAGAAAAACAUUCCUCAGCCAUGUAAUCCACUCAAGUCCUUCAACUGGUCCAAGUUGGCUGAGAAUAAACUGGAGGGCACUGUGUGGAUGGACGUGGAUGAUGCCAAGGUUUUCAAAAUCCUGGAUUUAGAAGACAUUGAAAAAACCUUCUCUGCCUAUCAGAGACAGCAGGACUUCUUUAUGAUCAAUAACAGCAAGCAGAAAGAGGCAGAAGACGACAUGCUGGGCUCGAAAAAAGUCAAGGAGCUGUCAGUCAUCGAUGGCCGUCGAGCUCAAAACUGCAACAUCCUUCUCUCGCGAUUAAAGCUUUCAAAUGAGGAGAUCAAGAGAGCUAUUCUCACCAUGGAUGAACAGGAGGACCUUCCCAAAGACAUGCUGGAGCAGCUACUGAAGUUUGUCCCAGAGAAGAGUGAUGUGGAUCUUCUGGAGGAGCACAAACAUGAGCUCGACCGAAUGGCAAAACCAGACCGUUUCCUCUAUGAGAUGAGCAGAAUAAACCACUACCAGCAGAGGCUGCAGUCUCUAUACUUCAAAAAGAAGUUUCCAGAGAGGAUAGCUGAGAUCAAGCCUAAAGUUGAAGCUCUAACCAAGGCAUCUAAAGAGGUUUUACACAGUAGAAACCUGAAGCAGCUGUUGGAGGUGGUGCUAGCCUUUGGAAACUACAUGAACAAGGGUCAGAGGGGGAAUGCUUAUGGCUUCAAAGUGUCUUCACUCAACAAGAUCGCUGAUACCAAAUCCAGUAUUGACAAAAACAUCACUCUCCUGCACUACCUGAUCAGCAUCCUGGAGAAGAAAUAUCCCAACGUCCUGAAGUUCCAGGAGGACCUGCAGAGUGUCCCAGAGGCAGCCAAAGUCAACAUGACUGAGCUGGAAAAAGAUAUCUGCAACCUGCGCAGUGGCUUGAAAAGUGUCGAGAGCGAGCUUGAAUACCAAAAGAAUCGACCCCAAGAACAGGGCGACAAGUUUGUAUCGGUAGUGAGUCAGUUCAUCACUGUGGCCAGCUUCAGCUUCUCUGAUGUGGAGGACUCUCUCGGCGAGGCAAAAGAACUGUUCCUGAGGGCAGUAAAGCACUUCAGUGAGGAUGCCAGCAGAAUGCAGCCAGAUGAGUUUUUUGGCAUAUUCGACCAGUUCCUGCAGUCGUUCUCCGAGGCUCAGCAGGAGAACGAGAACAUCCGAAAACGCAAAGAAGAGGAGGAGCGCAGGGCCAAGAUGGAAGCUCAGCUAAAAGAACAGAGGGAGAAAGAGCGAAAGGCCCGGAAGGCAAAGGCAAACGGGGAGGAUGAUGGUGGUGAGUUUGAUGAUUUGGUGUCGGCGCUACGAUCGGGUGAGGUCUUUGACAAGGACUUGUCCAAGAUGAAACGCAACCGCAAACGCAUCAACAGCCAGACCACGGACUCGAACAGAGAGCGCCCAGUCACAAAACUUAACUUCUGAGGAGUGGCUGAGUGCAGCAAGGGUGAUGAAAUCACCCGUCCACCCUGCCAGCACUUCCCACAGUUAUUUUCACUGUGGGUCGACCCAACACGCACAUUCCUCAGCACCCUCCUCCGCCACCACCCAGUUCAACAAGCCACGACCUCACAUUGUCGCUGUAGAGCCCCACACAGCACCACGUUUAGACCUUUCAUCCUCUGAUUUCCCACAACCAAAAUCUGUUAUUAAUGACCAAAUCAGAUAAUUAGUUUGGUCGAAUGACAUGUUUUCAGAAGAUGUCAUGUAGGACCAGGAUGAUUUACUUCAUUUGAGGUGAAAGAGAUGCUCAAAGCUGUUUUGAUGGGAACCAUUCUGUCUGUGCUGCUGUCUAAUAGCUGCAGUGAGAAAUGUGCAGUUAUUAGACAGCUUCAGGGUUUGGCGCUCGAUCCAAACAGGAAGAUGAUUCCAUUAAAAACACAAGGGGCCAUUUUGUAUUGACUAAUUUCAUAGAUUGAGAUUGACUGCGUUCACACCCCUGAAUUGUCAAAGAGACGGUUUUUGGAGUAUGAGCGGGAGGAUUCAUCCCAAUUCCCAAAUUUGAUUGUUCCUCAGUUCUCAAUCAACCCGGAAGUCAUACUGUCUGCCAUCUUGAAGGACAUGCCAAAGCUCUUAUUCCUGCUCUGAGGAGUGAGGAUCGAGAAGGCUGCCUAGAGGAAACAUGUGCAAGGACACAAGAGACCAUCCAUUGUGGAAGUCUUUAUGGACCAAAAACACGCCUCUUUAUCAGAAAUCAGUUCAUAAUUGGGUGCUUCAGAGGAAAGGAUGUCUCUCAAAACAUUUCCUUGAUUCCUCUCUCCUCACAUUUUUUUCCCCUCACAUCCUACACACUAAGCCACAAGGAAAAAACAUAAGUGAGAGAAACUUGGAUCCAAGUAAAGGAAUUGAGAUGUACCCUGAAUCUAAGCUCCCUGUCAGCGCUGCCGCUUUAUUGCAGUCAGGACCAUCCUAAGACUGAGACACAGUGUUGUUAAACAUACAUUGUUUAACUACAGGUGACGCAGCUGAAAAGCAGAUUUUUAUUUCUAUUCACCAUUAUUUGCAUGCAGCAUUUAUAUAUCUGAUUGCUGUAUGUUUUAUUUGAACUGUUUUCUGUUAAGAGCUGGCCUUAACUAUCUUGAGUUUAAUUGUUGAGUGGGUACUCUGAAAGGCCUGGGGCUAAUCUGCAUUCUCAACAUGGACAUUCAUGUCAUAGAUUACAUAUAUCUAUAAAUACGGUUGUGUAUUGGUUAUACAUGGACAUAUGAAUUCAUAAUUACUAUGCUAAAUGCAAUUAAACUCAUGUCCGACGACUGCAAUACAGUUCUUUUCACCUCUGAAGGGAGUGCCCUCCAUUUAUGUCUUUGUUUGAAUAGAUGAAAUAUGUUUUCUGCACAUGGGCUGGAUUUAUGCUGCAAAAAAAGGAAAGAGGAAACAAAACCCUGUUUCCAAAAAACAUCACAAUGUGGAUGUGUAACUUCUGAUUUCAGUCUGCCAUUAGCAGCCGUGUGAAUUCAUCCAAUGUCAGACACUUACAAUAAACUUUUAUAAUUUAAAUAUCACUUUCCAUUGUACAGUGACCUGAUAAUAAAAGGGAGAAGACAGUUUUGAGUUCUUGUAUUAA